AUGACGUGUACGGCGCCGUCGGUCUCCGUCAACUUGACGCCAGCCGCGAACUCCAGCAUCCCCCAGGAUCGAAGUCCCGAUCGACGGCGCCAACUCCCGGCAAACGCGCGCGGAGUUCGGUCGAGUUUAGUCGCCAACGGCGCGCGAAUCGGCCGUUGUGGUUGGAGCAAGAUGACGAGAAAUGAACAUCUCAACCUACUUGUCUUCAUCACGUUAUUUGCAGGUAUGACAUUGUAAGUAGAGUCCCCCUGCCACUGACAUGCGGUUCUGCCAGGUUCACGGAUUCGGUUUCCUUUUCAACAG